CCGGCCCCUGGGGGAGGAGUGAUCUAACGGGGCCGGGAGGAAGCGCAGUCCCCGCGGCUGGUGUCAGUCUCCGGCCUCUCCGCUGCGGACCACCUCGACUCUCCACACAAGCCUCACAGCGUUCCAGCAUGUCUCGGGAGCAGCAAGCGGUGGCUCGUGCCAGGAAGGCUUUCGAGACCGGCAGGUCCAAGCCUCUGGAGUACAGAAUUUUCCAGCUGAAGAACCUGCUCAGGUUGUUCAAGGAACGACAGAAGGAGAUUUCUGACGCCAUCAAGAAAGACCUGAACAAGAGCGAGGUGGUGACGCAGAUGUACGAGACUCUGGGCCUGGAAGAGGAGAUCGGCCUGGCCAUCAAGAAGCUGAAGGACUGGGCCAAGCCUCGGCCCGUGGAGAAGAACCUGAUGACACUCUCCGACACCGUCUACAUCAAGCCAGAGCCCCUGGGCGUGGUGCUGGUCAUCGGGGCGUGGAACUACCCCUGGGCCGUCACCAUCCAGCCGCUGAUCGGAGCCAUCGCUGCCGGUAACGCUGUGGUGGUGAAGCCGUCCGAGGUCUGCGUUCACACGUCCAGAGUCAUGGAGGACCUGCUGCCAGUUUACAUCGACAAAGAGCUUUACCCCGUGGUGACCGGGGGCGUGUCCGAGACCCAGGAGCUGCUGCGGCAGAGGUUUGACCACAUUUUUUACACAGGCAGCAGUCCAGUAGGCAAGAUCAUCAUGGAGGCCGCCGCCAAAAACUUGACCCCCGUCACACUGGAGCUGGGCGGCAAAAGUCCCUGCUACAUUGACAAGAACUGUGACCUUCAGAUCGCCUGCAGGCGUGUGGCCUGGGGGAAGUACACCAACUGUGGGCAGACCUGCAUCGCCCCAGACUACAUCCUGUGUGACCCCAGCCUGCAGGACCGGGUCAUCCAGGAGAUCAAGAACGCUGUCAAGGAGUUCUACACGGACAACCCAAAGACCUGUCCGGAUUACGGACGCAUCAUCAACCAGCGCCACUUCAAGAGGAUCAUGUCCAUGAUGGAGGGCAGCCAAGUGGCCUUCGGGGGAGAGACGGACGAGUCCGACUGCUACAUAGGUAACAAUCUCAUCUGCUCCCGCCAGCAUUCGGAAUCUCACCUCCAGAUACGCCUCACAGCUCCAACGGUCCUGAGGGACGUAAAGCCGGACGCCAAGGUGAUGGAGGACGAGAUCUUCGGGCCGCUGCUUCCAAUCCUGCCCGUCAAGAGCCUGGAGGAAGCCAUCCGCUUCAUCAAUAAAGGAGAGAAACCUCUGGCUCUCUACGUCUUCACAGCAGACAACAAGGUGAUCCAGAAGUUUGAAAGUGAGACCUCUAGUGGAGGGAUGGUGGCCAACGACUGCCUGGUCCACUACUCGGUCAGCGCGCUGCCUUUCGGUGGAGUCGGUAACAGCGGAAUGGGCUGCUACCACGGCAAGUUCACCUUCGACCAGCUCAGCCACCUGAGGGCGUGUCUCAUCAAGCAGCUGAAGAUGGAGGGAGUGAACAGCAUGCGCUACCCACCUCACACUCCCAAGAAGCUGGGCUGGGCUCGCUUCUUCAUCCUCAGCGACCUGGGCCGCCUGGGUCGGCUGGCCCUGCUGGCCGUGCUGGCCGUGGUGUCUGCCGUCCUGCUGCAGAAGUUCCUUCUGUGAAGAGGUGGAGCCAUGGGAACCAGGAGAGAGAAGCUCGGGCGCUGACAUGCACGCCACCAAUCCUUGUGAUGUAGAAUUGAUCGGCCUCGCUGACGUCUGUCACCUCAGCUUUGUAAUGAAGGAAAUAUACUUGUCUUGAUUUUACUGAAUAUUUUUACUACAAUGAAGAUGUUUCCAUAGUAGUUGCACUUUUCAUAUUUAAAGAUCUAAUAAGAAGACCACUGGAUUUUAAAUUUCUUGAUGACUGUAGUUGUUCCGAAGCUGCUUCAGAUAAAUAAUUUUAUACGUC